CCCCUUUUUGUAUAUAACGUCCCUAUUUUAUAUCUUUUACCACACACUUUCUUCACAUUCAUUUUCAUGAUCAUUUCCUUUAUUCAUUUAUUUCCGAUCUUAGACAAAACUCGCAUCCAUACAGGUUUCGGAAAUGGGGCUACCCCGGAAUCCAAACUCGAGAAGCGCGGAUUACCUAGAUGGAAUGCUAGGCGACUCGGGUAAAUCUAGCAAAUGGAGGCCGCAAAAGAGCACAUCGGCUCGACUCGUGACACUCCUAACUUGCCUACAAUUCGCUUUCGCGGUCUACGCCACUUUCUUGCUCUAUUACAUGAGCCCGUCCAUCGAUUUACGCACUCCCAAACCCGACUUCGCAUGGGCUUCAAGAAUCGCCCAACAAUGGAAACAUUACAUAAUCCCACCACAUGUUGUCACCCGGUACCAAGAAUCCGCCUCUAACCUUGUUCUCGAACCUCAACCCAUGAUCUCGACUCCUUCCGAAGUUUGCGAGCAUGAAAAGAUCGAAUUCGAGCAAAAGAAGUCCAACGACGCACUCAUGAUCAAGAUCAAACGAGAACUUUACGAUCAAGUGCGUGAUUUUCAAGCCAAAAACUCGGGUACUGAGUCGUUAACUGAGUUAAUGUCAAUGAAAUCGAAAUGGGACAUGAGUAGCCCCCAAAAGAUCCCGAAAGUUACUGUGAUCUUGAACCACUUCAAACGUAAAACACUUUGUUCCCAACUCGACUCGUUGCUACACCAAACGCUGCCGUUUCAUCAUGUUUGGGUGCUGUCGUUUGGAAGUCCUAACGAACUCGGUUUGAAACGGAUUGUUGAGAGCUAUAAUGAUACGAGGAUAAGUUUCAUUAGCUCGAGUUAUGAUUUCAAGUAUUAUGGGAGGUUUCAAAUGGCUUUGCAAACUGAAGCAGAUCUCGUGUACAUUUUGGACGAUGAUAUGAUUCCUGGGACUAAAAUGUUGCAGAUUCUGUCGCAUGUUGCCGGAACUGACAAGUAUAAGAACUCAGUGUUGGGAAGUAUCGGGAGGAUCUUGCCGUUCCGGCAGAAGGAUUUUACUUUUCCGAGUUACCGGAAGUUUAGAUCGAAAGAAGCUGGGCUUUAUUUGCCUGAUCCCGCGUAUGACAUCACCGUCGAUAAAAUUGUUCAGGUCGAUUUUCUCUCGAGCUCUUGGUUUCUUUCAGCAGAGCUUGUCAAGACUCUUUUUAUCGAGACUCCUUUCACAUUCAUGACUGGGGAAGAUUUGCAUCUAAGCUACCAACUUCAGAAGUACAGAAAUGCAGGUUCAUUUGUGCUCCCUGUCGACCCAAAAGACAAGGAGACUUGGGGCGACAGUGAACACAGACUAGCGUACGUGUCUGAGACCACUGUCAUAUUUAAAGACGUGGUUACAGUCCGAGAUGACCAAUGGUGGCGAGCCUUGUCAACUGGCUACAUCACUCAAUGGGCCGCAAUGAACCCUCAAAAAAUCGACGCCCUUUUCUACGCUCACACGAUAGAAGAAGUCAAAGCCCUAGGUCCACUCCUUGAGAAAUUCCGAUCAACCGUGGGGAAAAAGGCUUACAUUGUGGUUCCAGGAGGUGGGUUUUGCUCGUGCGAGGAAGCCACUUCAGCCUUGCAUUGGCCGAAAACAGUGUGUCGGGAAAGAAGGUUUAAGAUUUUUGACUUGGGUGUAGGUGCGUUAUCAGGAAUUUCCAACUCCGAGGUGCCCGUUGUACAAGCGGUUUAUGCUAGUAUGAAAGGGCUGAUCAAGGUUCAUAACCCGAGUGUUGUGAUCACGGUUGAUGAUAUCGAUUCAAAUGUAAGGAAAGCACUGAAAAUGGCUACCGAAAGUAAUUCAAAUAGUUCAACUUUGGUUCAUUUGCCUAGAUCAUCUAUUACAAAGGUUCUUUGGAUGGCUGAUCUACGAUCUACAGCGUUACCUAAUUGGAACCGGAUGAGGGUAUCCGUAAACAUCAUCACUCAAAACCGAGUCAACUCGCUAACAAGGCUACUCAAGUCACUAAAGGAUGCAUAUUACCUAGGAGACGAGGUCCCAAUAAGCUUCAACAUGGAUAGUCGAGUCGAUGAGCCAACUCUCAAGCUCGUAAAGACAUUUGACUGGCCACAUGGCCCGAAAACCUUAAGGAGAAGAAUCAUCCAAGGAGGAUUGAUAAGAGCCGUGAGCGAAAGUUGGUACCCCUCAUCCGAUGACGACUUUGGUCUUCUUUUAGAAGAUGAUAUCGAGGUGUCCCCGUAUUACUACUUAUGGAUCAAAUACGCACUUUUAUCGUAUCACUACGACCCUCAAGUUUCACUCCCCGAACUAUCCUCCAUCUCGUUAUACACACCACGGUUAGUCGAGGUCGUUAAAGAACGUCCUAAAUGGAACGCGACUGACUACUUCAAGCGCAUCCAUCCAAACACGCCGUAUCUCCACCAACUACCAUGUAGUUGGGGCGCGGUCUUUUUCCCAAAACACUGGCGUGAGUUCUACGUGUACAUGAACAUGAGGUUUACCGAAGAUGCUAAACAAAACCCCGUACAAAUCCCGAAAUCAAGAACAAACGGAUGGCAAGCGUCAUGGAAGAAGUUUCUAAUCGACAUGAUGUACCUUCGAGGUUAUGUGAGUUUGUACCCGAACUUCCCGAACCAAAUGAGCUUCUCAACUAACCAUAUGGAGCCAGGUGCUCAUAUUAGUGCUAAAGACAACGUUGUUCGCCAUAACAAGACCGAUUUCGAGGUCCCAUUGUUGAAGGAUGAUUUCAAAACUUAUUUGCCAAAUGGGAAGAUGCCAUCAGCUUCAAAGUUACCAUCUUUGAACCUUUUUAAUCAAGCAGUUUCACUAAAAGGGUUGAAGUCAGCAGGGUCAAAGUUGAGACAAGAUGUGCUUAACUGUACCGUUACUGAAGUGGUGGUGGUUGAUCAUGAAACUGGUCUUCCUUCUCGUUGCGCAACGUUCUGAUCACAAGUUAUGAUCUAACUGAUUCAUUUUUAUGUGUUCUUUAAUUUUCUUUAAAUAUAUCUUGAUGGUGUAAUGGAAUGAAAUUAGAGGGUGAAAAGGGUGUUGAGGAAGGUUUAAGCUUGUUGGAAUUUCUUUAUGGUAAUCAAAGCCAAAAAUUGGCAAUCUUAUUAGCU